UGGCAGAGCCAGUAUUUGAAGCCAGGUGAUUGGGCUCCAAUCUCCAGGGAACUGCUGUGCUACCUUGCUGCACAGGGCAGAAGAAUUAGAGGUGAUGUGAGCGCCGUGCUCUCUGGACCUGGAACUUAAAUACGGAUUGAUAUCAUUUUGAAGAAAACUGCUUAAUAUUUUAGAGUGAGGUGACUUUGUAAGUGAAAAUUUUCAAGAAGACUUUAUGUGAUUUUUUUUAAUCAACUUAGAUGUUUGGAAUUUGGAUUGCUGUACUCUUAUUCUUUGGCACAUCACCAGGAGAAGAAGUUUGCUAUGAAAGAGUGGGAUGCUUUACAGAUGGUUUACCAUGGACUGGGACUUUGUCAAGACAGUUGGCAGGUUUACCCUGGUCUCCAGAGGAGAUAAACACUCGCUUUCUGCUCUACACUAGACAUAAUCCCAAAGCUCAUCAGGAAAUCAGUGCAGUUAAUCACUUAACUAUCCAAGCCUCACAUUUCGGGACAGACAGGAUCACCCGUAUCAACAUACCCGGAUGGAAAACAGACGGCAAGUGGCAGCAAGACAUGUGCAAUGUACGAUGUGAAAGAACUCUUCUUUACACUAGUGUGUUGCUUAAAGUGGAAGAUGUGAACUGCAUUAAUUUAGACUGGAGUAACGGUUCACGGCAAUAUAUCCAUGCCAUAAACAAUCUCCGUGUUGUCGGUGCUGAGGUGGCUUAUUUUAUUGAUGUUCUCGUGAAAAAAUUUGAAUAUUCCCCUUCUAAAGUGCACUUGAUUGGCCACAGCCUGGGGGCUCAUCUGGCCGGAGAAGCUGGGUCAAGGACGCCAGGCCUUGGAAGGAUAACUGGAUUGGACCCGGCUGGCCCGUAUUUCCACAACACUCCACGUGAAGUCAGGCUGGACCCCUCAGAUGCCAACUUUGUUGAUGUCAUUCAUACAAAUGCAGUUCGCUUCCUCUUUGAGCUUGGUGCUGGAACUGUUAAUGCUUGCGGUCACCUUGACUUUUACCCAAAUGGAGGAAAGCACAUGCCAGGAUGUGAAGACUUAAUUACGCCUUUAUUUAAAUUUGAUCUCAAUGCUUACAAGGAAGAAGUGUCUUCCUUCUUUGAGUGCAACCAUGCCCGAAGUCAUCACUUUUAUACUGAAAGCAUUCUCAAUCCUGAUGCAUUUGUUGCUUAUCCUUGUAGGUCCUACAAAUCUUUUAACGCAGGAAAUUGCUUCCGUUGUCCCAAGGAAGGUUGCCCAACGAUGGGUCACUUUGCUGAUAGAUUUCACCUCAAAACUAUGAGGCCUAAUAGAGCAUAUUAUUUUUUAAACACAGGGACUUUUUCCCCAUUUGCCCGUUGGAGGCACAAACUGUCUGUCAAACUCGAUGGGAACAAUGUCACUCAAGGAAGUAUAUUUCUCCGUGUAGGUGGAACCACUGGGAAAACAGGGGAGUUUGAGGUUGCCAGUGGAACACUUAACCCAGGCAUGACUUACACAAAUUUAAUUGAUGCAGACAUUAACGUUGGAAACAUAACAAGUAUUCAGUUCAUUUGGAAGGAACAUUCAAUUUUACGUUCUCAGAAUAAGUUGGGAGCAGAAAUGGUGACAGAUAUAUCUGGAAAAUAUGCAUAUAAAUCUACCUUCUGUAGCCAGAACAUUAUGGGACCUGAUAUUGCUCAGAUCCUGAAACCAUGCUAAUCCCAGAUAUAAUCUUGAUGGAUUUAUUUAAUGGGAGCAAUGGGAAAAUUAAUCUCUUUCCAGCUGGUGUCCAGACCAAACUUGGCCCUUGUAAAUGAGAUAGAAAGGUACAGUUGCCUUUUUUCUUUAUAGAAUGUUUUUCUUAUAAACUUCUCUAUGUGCCUUAAAAACAGACUACGCCCUGGUGCAGAGUACAGUACAUGAUCUGUAGGAUUCUGGGUAUCAGUGACAAAACAGAGCUGGGUUGGAAUUCCCCUGAAUAAGAGGAACUGAUGCAAGUGUAGUGUCAACUCAUCAGUGAAAAUGAGCCUCUGUCUGGUUGAGUGUUUGAAGUACCUUUUAGAGUAUUUCCAGGUGGAUUAAUCAUUCUUCUAAAAUGACUUGAAGAAUAUUUACUAUGUUGUUGAGUCUUGCCAAGACAAGUUAUGUCUGUAGUUCAUAAUAUAUAGUAGAUUAUAACCCUGUGGGUUGAUAACAUCUAUCGAUUAAUAAUGAAAACUAAUGAGAGCACAUCAGUAUUUCCAGGGUGUCCCUUGGUCUUCGGGGGGUGUGUGAGGUAAGAGAGAUUUGAGAGCGUAUCUGUGAUGUGAGCAUCAGUUAGCAGUGGGCCCUAAGGAUCACCACCCACUUCUUCUAAAAGCCCCCUGCUGCAGGAGACUCACUUAUCUCCCUGGGCCCUGAAGGUCCUGUUGCAAAUUUGUAUUUAGCCUAAAGGCAGCAUUUCAUUUGUAAGCAUUUAACUCUGUCUUUAUAAUAACAAUAUUGUAAUAUUUAAA